CAAAAUCGAGUAGGAAACUUACUUUCCUAUAUUUAGCAAACGAUGUCAUCCAGAACAGCAAGAGGAAAGGUCCUGAAUUUACCAGGGAGUUUGAAUCUGUUCUUGUGGAUGCUUUUUCUCAUGUUGCCAGAGAAGCAGAUGAGGGCUGCAAAAAGCCCUUGGAGCGAUUGCUUAACAUCUGGCAGGAACGGAGCGUGUACGGCAGCGAGUUCAUCCAGCAACUGAAGCUUUCUAUGGAGGACUCCAACAGCCCUCAGCCUAAAGUUGCAGAGGAGAAGAAGUCUUUAAAGCGGACUUUUCAGCAGAUACAAGAGGAAGAAGACGAUGAUUACCCCGGGAGCUACUCGCCCCAGGACCCCAGUGCGGGGCCGCUGCUGACCGAGGAUUUGAUCAAAGCCCUGCAAGACCUGGAGAAUGCAGCAUCAGGAGAUGCAACGGUGCGGCAAAAAAUUGCCUCCCUGCCUCAGGAAGUUCAAGAUGUUUCAUUACUGGAGAAAAUCACAGACAAGGAGGCGGCUGAGCGCCUCUCGAAGACGGUGGACGAAGCGUGCCUGUUACUCGCCGAGUACAACGGGCGGCUGGCAGCAGAGCUGGAGGACCGACGCCAGCUGGCACGCAUGCUCAUUGAGUACACCCAGAACCAGAAGGACGUGCUGACGGAGAAGGAGAAGAAGCUAGAAGAAUAUAAACAGAAGCUCGCUCGGGUAACCCAGGUGCGCAAGGAGCUGAAGUCUCACAUCCAGAGCCUUCCCGACCUGUCGCUGCUGCCCAACGUCACGGGAGGGCUGGCGCCUCUGCCCUCUGCUGGGGACCUCUUUUCAACAGACUAGAGCAGUCGGUGCCCCCAGCUUCCGUUAUUACCAGCAGAAGUAAGAAGACUCUGGUGUUGACUGGAAAAGCCAGUCUUCCGAGAUUGACCCUAGGAAGGAACUCGCAGACCUCGCUUCUGACCUCUUGGCUGCUCGUGCUCCGCCUGUCCCCGUGCUCGCCGGCUCACGCUGAGGGGAGGA